AUGGUGACCUCUUCCAAUAAGGAUCAAGGUCGCGUGUUCCACCUCUUCCCGGACUUACCUUCCGAAAUCCGCCUCAAGAUUUGGGAGGAGGCUCGGCCCGAGCCUCGAGUGAUCAAGAUCGACAGAGACACCUUCGAACAUGAUGGGUAUACAUUCGGUACUCCGCGAUGCAGUGCAAAGGUCCCUAGCCUUCUUCACGUCAACUUUGAAUCUCGACAUGUAGCUCUCGAGUGGUACACGCUUCCUUUUGAGAAGCUCCCAUCUCAACCUGCUUACAUCUACUUUGAUUGUUCACGAGACUGGGCAUAUUUGUCUUGUGAUGCCUGUAAGGGCAGAACAUGCAACAGAAUUUCGAACAUGGGAGGUCCUGUCAGUUGUGGUCUCACCUUCAGCUUUGUGUUUCCUUGGCGCAAAAUCUUGAAGAGAUUUGUCUGUCAAUUCGAUGAUGACGAGGACUUUCUUGGAGCCAAUCUAUGGUUUUUCUGGCUUACUUUCGAAUGCGCGGAGGAGGCAAUGCUAGUAAAUAGUAGGAAGGCCAUGGAUUCGCAAUGGGAGGGAAAUUUGUCAGAUUUCAAGAACGUAGAUAAGAUAUACCGAGUCAAUGGUAGUAGCAAGAAUCUCCUGGAGAUGUAUCAACAAUACACCAGAAAUAUGCCGAUUAACCUCAGUAUUCCGCCUAGAGUCCUGAAGAAGCUCUCUUUCGUGGAAUUUGAGCCGUCAUUGGACACUGUUAUUGAGGGUCAAGCUGCAGCUGACGAUGGAAUUCAGCCUGCCAGUACCAUACCCGACGAAGUUGCUGUAGAGGUGGAAAGGACUGGACAAGAUUGA